CUCUGACAUCGCCCACUACAGCGCGCGACUAUGAGGAUGGAGAGAGUUUCAUUACCUUCACUCUAACUAGUAAAGUAGUCGUUUCAAUCAGUUUUAGUCGUUAUUUCGCGGAAUCAAAGUUCAUAAUUGUUCAGAAAAUGAACAUGAAUCAUCGUUUUCUUUCACUCUAUUUGCUGCUGUGUUUAGUGGUACAUGAGAACGGUGUGUCUGGUGUUGAUAGAGAGGAUGUGUUUGUGAGCAAGGGAGAUUCAGUCACUCUACAGACGGGUGUUGAAACACACCAACAAGACAGAAUUGUGUGGUUUUAUGAAGGCAUUCGCAUCGCUGAACUCAGUGGAGAUCUCAGUUAUAUCUGUACAGAUGUUCAGUGUGGUGGAGGUGCUUACAGAUUCAGAGACAGACUAAAUCUGGACAGUCAAACUGGAUCUCUGACCAUCGUAAACACCAAAUUUACAGAUAGAGGAGAAUAUCAGAUAAUGAUUAACAGCACCGGCGGCAGCAGCAGAGAAAAGAUCUUCUACAUUGUUUUUAAUGCGAUGGCGCCUCGUUGGACCCAACCUAAAAAGAUGAGAAGAAAGGUGCAUGUUGCGCUGGCCAGCAAAACGGUGAAAUUCCAAUGUCAAGCUGAAGGAAACCCAAAUCCCAAACUUCGCUGGCUGAAGAAUGGAAAAGAGUUCAACAGUGACCAACGCACCGGCGGCUACACUCUGUGGGAAAACACAUGGGCCAUAGUCAUGGAGUCGGUGGUGCCCUCAGACAAGGGCAACUACACGUGCCUGGUGGAGAACGAAUACGGGAGCAUCAACCACACCUAUCAGCUGGAUGUAUGGGAGUCAUCGCCUGAGAGACCCAUCCUAUACGCUGGACUUCCUGCAAACCGAACGGCCAUGGUCGGCAGUGACGUAGAGUUUGUGUGCAAAGUAAUAAACGAUUCUCAAUCUUACAUCCAAUGGAUCAAACACAUCAGGGUAAACGGAAGCCAAGAAGGACCGGACGGAAUCCCUUACGUGCGCGUACUAAAGAUGGCUGACCUCAGCACCACCGACAAGGAGAUAGAAGUAGUGCUCCAGUUGAGGAAUGUGUCGCUUGAGGAUGCUGGGCAGUAUACUUGCUUGGUGGACAAUUCUAUCGGUAUCUCCCAUAAAUCUGCAUGGUUGACCGUUGUCAAAGAUGCAGAGCCAGUAUCAGUGAAGGAGGGAGAUUCAGUCACUCUACACACGGGUGUUAAAACAAACCAACAAGAUGAUGUUAAAUGGUAUUUUAACAACAUUACCAUUGUUGAAAUCACUGGAGAUCAGAGUAAAAUUUGUGAAGAUUAUCGGUGUAAAGAGAGAUUUAGAGACAGACUGAAGCUGGAUCAUCAGACUGGAUCUCUGACCAUCUUUGACAUCAGAAACACAGACUCUGGAUACUACCAGCUGAUAGUCCUCAACACCGUGAAGAGUUUCAAUGUUUCUGUAACAAAUCCAGCUCUUCCUCCAGCUGUUGUAGCAGGAAUAUGUGCUGUUGUUCUGUUUGUUGCAGCAGCUGCUGCUGGGAUUUUCUAUUUAAAACUCCAAGCAACUGGAAAAGCCAUCGGAUGGAGGACUGAGCACAGUGAUAACGGUUCACCCACUGGCCAUCGGGCAAUCAUGAUGACGCCUCGUCCUCUAUUCAUACAGGGGUGAACGCUAACAAUAGGAUGUCCAAUGACCAACCAAUGAACUCUAGCAGUGAGACAGCCCAUUAUCAGACUGAGACAUAUUGAUGAACACCACACUUGGGACGUCCCAUAAUCAGUGUAAGGUUGUUACUUUUAGACUUGUGAGUAAAACAUGAAUCUCGGAAACUGAACCUGUAGUAACCCAGAUUGCAUAUUUUAAGUAAUUGUUUGUUUGUUGCAUUCUAAAUCAUAAGAUAAAUAUGAAGAUGCCUUAAAUAUGAAUACAUUCUAGACAUCUACCUAAUAUCCAUCGGAGACAGAUGAGCAAAUGCCCUAAACAUGUGUUGCAGAUGUAAAUACACACAUAUAUGUGGCUAUCAAGGACUACUCUAAAAUGUGUUUUUAUAAUGUAUGUUGUGUUGUAGAAUAAGUUUUUUAUUUAUAUUAAACAUGUUAAUUUACCACAUUUAAUAUUGUGGUAAAACAGCAA